CAACGCCUCAAGAGACGCCGGGAGCCGGAGCGAAUUGACAUUUAACGAAGUGGGUCUCUUUUGUCCGUGUCGUCGUGAGUUUCUUGUUGAGCCAGCUUGUUACCAACCUGUCUCUAGUACCUGUUGACCACACUACUUCCACCAUCAUGGCCGCUUCUCCCGAGGCACCCGAGGACGAGCUGCAGAGUCAGCAAUUACCCGAUGACCUGCGUAUCGACGAUGUCUCCGACGAUGUUAAAAUCAUACAAACGGAAAACUUCAACGCUAAGGUCCACCGCGGGGAAGAUGAACAGUCCUCCUCUGCGUGCUCUGAUGGCCUGAAGAAUCAACACGGCGGUUCGUUUUCGAACGGCGGCAGGGCUCCUAACAUCGACGCUGGCGGCGCGCCGUCGAUGCAACAAGGCACACAGAUGAUGAAUUCGGCGAACCAACGAAACAUUGCUCCUUCCGGGAUGUCGAAGAACAUUUUCAACACUCACGACAAUUUUACGAGUCCGGGCGAAGGGGCCAGCACAUCCACAUCGACGUCGUCCUCCUCCCGUCAGAAUAUCCACCGCUCCUUCCCAGUGGAUGAUGUGGUUCCCGGGAUCUUCCCGUCCCUACCGAUCGCCGUCGAGGAACGCGUUUCUGCCGCGUGCUUCAGCAAGAGAGACGACCGGUGGCUCGCGGUGUUCUCGAAAACUGAUGUCAUCAUUUACGACACCAGCAUGGGCUGCGCGAUGGACGGAGAUGAGACGGGGGAUGGAAGUUGUAAUGAUGGCUCAUCUGGCGUCGAUCAAGGAGAAAACGGCACACAAAACAAAGGUGGACCUCCUCCAAAGCGGCCGUCGGCGUUGUCUAUCAAAUCUGAGGAAAAUUCGUCCGACAGCGAAGCCGAAGGUGGUGCAACUAUAGGCAAGAAAACAAAAGUGCGGACGAGCGGCGCGAGCAAAAUCCGCGGGGCGUACUUCAGCAAUAAAUCAGGGUCUUGUUCACCGGACAAACAGACCGCAGCUGACGAAAACGGGACUACCGCAGGAGCAGGAGUUUUGAAUGCCCAAGUUUUAUCGCAGCCCCCCAGUGCGACGUCCAGUGGUUCCAAUCAGAUCGAGCACUCGCUUUCCCUGUCCGCCGCCUCCAGUUCGUCCAGCCUGAAUCUCGGCGCAGCAGGAGUCGCCGCGGCCGCUGCUGGGGGAAAAGGGGCAGGAGCUCCGGCCGCGCGACACGUGCGGCGUAACGGAGGUCCGCUCGGGGAUGCGGAUGAAUCUGCCGUCGCGCUGCGGCCGCCACCGAAAGUCUGGCGGGUGAUAAAGCGCAUUCCCGUCGUGGACAUCCACGCUUAUGGAGCGACUGGGGGAAGAUCGAGCGCUACCCGGUACUAUCAAAUGCAAAAAUGUCUGGGUCUGGAAGAUUCCGGGAUAUGUCAUGCUAGUCCGGCAUGACUCUGAGCUCUGUAUUGCGUGGCCGCAAAGGGCUUCUCUUGCCUGUCAUGCAAAAACGCAGUUUCUCACGCGGAGUACGCAACACUGAACCACGGAAAACCUUGUCAUGCUUGGCAGUGCAUUACAGUAUGCGCAUUUCUCCCUGACUUGCAUCACAAGUUUCCAGACCCAGACAUUUUUACAGUUGAUAGGUACUCCACCAGCAGCGCAAUGUCCGCUUCUUCGGCUAUGUUUGAACAAACUGGUGCAGGAGGUGGACGAAGCGUGAGCAAGACGUCCACUACAACGCGGCAAGUAGACGAGCCACGCAAUCAAACUGACCACCGGCAAUCCACUGGGAACGUGUCUGCGGCGUCCAGCUCGGCAACCAGCAAAACCUCGGGGACCGACCAGCGCCGGCGGUCGCUGGAACACCGGAAGAAGAUGAUUUUCAACUCGCGCACUCACCGCCAAGUCGCGAAGAACGCGUUUUGCUUCCAAAUCGCCUUUUCCGCCGACGACUCGCUACUCGCCGUCGGGUUGAUGCAGGGGUUCGCGCAAUCCUGUGCGGUUUCGUUUUACGAAACGAAAACCUGGUCGCUCGUUCACACGAUGUUCAGGUGCAACGCCGUGGAGUUUUUUCCCAAGGGCGUUUGCAACUUGAAAAUCAACCACUCUGCUCGCGACAUCGCCGCGUCGCAGGAGGUUUAUUUUGGGUUCUUCAGGAACAAUAAAGACUCCUCAUCUGGCACCGCUGACGGGAAGAAGUCGCUCGACUACGAUUCUGACAAAGAUCCAGCACCAGGAGAUCAUGGGCUACUUUACCACAAAGAACAUCAGCUUGCGAAGACUUCCAGCACCAGGUCAUCUACUCUCGGUGGAGGGAACAAUAAAGCGAAAGACACAACGCAUUGGAUCUGUAUUCAAGACCUGUCCGAGCUGCGCAACGAAGUGAUCGACACGCGAACCUGGACGACGCUGCACUCCUGGUACUCCGUGACGCUGGAUGCCAGUCGGCUGAAACGGAAGACCGCGCCGAUUGUGAUUUCCCCCUGCGCCAAGUACGUGGUCACGACCCGGGCGGUGUACGCCUUGGAGUCGCAAAAGCGGGUCCUUUCCCUAGUAUCAACUGUAAAAAUGUCUGGGUCUGGAAGAAUGCGCGAUUUGUCACGCAGAUUUUCCAUGACCCAUGAGGUCUGGAAUGCAGGAGCUAGCAUGACAGAUUCUGUGCGAUCUCUCUCAUGCCUAUCCUGCAUGAGAAACUCCCUCCCGACUUGGUCAAAACUGGACGACUUUUGGUAAUCAUGCAACACAGAUUUUUACAUGCUUCAGAUUUAGCAUGACAAGUUGCAUUCUUCCAGACCCAGACAUUUUUACAUUUGAUACCUAGAACAGGAAGACGAGUCCGGGGCGCAGAUGCGGUUUUUGUACAUGGACUUUUCGGGGUCGGUGGGAAAGUUGGCCGACAACGACGAGGUAUGCUCUGCAAAAGUAUCGUACUCAUAGUAAUUGCUGUUAUGCAUGGCAAAUCUCUUUCCCAAGGCGAUAAAACAGCAUUGCAAAUAAUUUCAUUUGUAAUGCUAAGUCAAUUUGUAAUGCACUUCAUACUAGUACGAUGCAAUGCUUUUGCAUUUCAUACGAGGAAAACGCGGACGAUGGGGAGGAGAAAAAGCUAUCAGUCUGGAAAAAACUGAAAACCGUCGUGAAGUCGACUAGCAUUAUCGGAAACAAGAACCGGAGAAGUGGAUCAUCUUCCCGAACCGCGACAAGCAUAUGAAAUGCAAAAAUGUCUGGGCCUGGAAGAUUCUGAGAUUUGUCAUGCAGUUUUUCCAAGCUCCGCCAAGUCUGUGAUGCAGGGCCUAGCAUCACAGGAUCUGCAGCCCCUUUGUAAUGCCUGUUCUGCAUGAGAAAUCCCCUCUCAGCAUGACCAGAAGUGAGCACCUUUUGCAAGUCACGCAACACAGAUUUUUGUACGAUCCGCAACAUGCAUCACAAGUUCGCACUUUCCCGACCCAGACAUAUUUGCAAUGAAUAAUGCAGCGUGGCAAACAAGUACAGUCGGGGUCCCCGGCGGAGCAGCGGCAGUACGAGAGUAAGUGGCACUGGGCUUCAACCGCAAGACGGCAGAAGUUAUCGCAAGAAAAAACUGUUUCACUGUGAACUUGUGAUGCAUAGAAUGGAAGUGGAACACAGACCUAUUUGCCUUGCUACACCUGCAAGGCAUUGGAUUUUUAAGCAUGUUUUCCCUUGGAAAGCGCGCAUGACAAAUUUUCUGUGUCAUGUGUAGCAAACUUGUGAUGCGGACCUUGCAAAACCAUCACAGUGAAACAAUUUUUUCGUGGGAUAGAAGUAGCGGAAUAAGAAAUAGUGGUGACAACAAGAAGACCUCCAGCACCUCCGGCGCAAAUGCUACCGCGUCGACGGCGAAGAAGCGUGGUAAGGCACAGCUCUUCGCUGCCGUCAUGCAGGUCCAGGGGGAAAACAAAAUUUACGUUUACAAUGCGGACGAGUGGGCGCCGAUGAGUUCUGGUGGAACUCGGAACUCUUUCGCCAAGAGCUUCUGGCCAACAGGUGCAACUAGAACAUCUUCCAGCGAUGAAAAGAAUCCAGACAAAGAUGCCGCCCUCGCGGUUCGCAAUCCCUUCAUGCGGCUCUACGAACCGAACGUGACCUACUACAAGGUCCGCUUUGUCAACAAUGACGAUUGGCUCACCAGCUAUGGGGAAGACACCAGCGGGGGCUUCGGCGGCAGCACGAGCAGCGGCGUUCGCAUUUGGGACACGAGGACCUGGGCGUUGCUUCAUCUGAUUCCCGACGGCACAGCGGAGAUCCACCAACCCUACUGCUGCGGCAACCGCAAUCCCUGGCUGUUCAUUUUGCCGAACCGGCGGAAGCAAGCGGAGGAGCGGGAGCAGCUGGGGCAAAAGUUCGGAGACACGAUAUCAAAAUGAAAAAUCCACCCCCCUCCCCAUAUUGAAAAGGAAAUUUCUGUUGCUGGAUUUGUGUACACAAAUCAGCUCUGUCUUGCAGUGAGGUACUGCAGGCAAAGCCUCAGCCUGCGUAGGGGUGUUUUGGUGUAGGUGCUAAGCAUAACAGAGGCCUGCCGUAUAGGCGCAACAGCAUUACAAACCGCCUCCAUAAAGCGGCGCCCUCUUUGGAUUUGCCCUCUUGCAAUAGAGACAGGAUUUGUGGUCCCAAAUCAGCAGCACAAAUUUGUUGAAGCGUGCCCUUUCUUGAUGGGGAGGGGGGAUUUUUCCUCACAAUGCACGACCCUCCGCGUGCACCGGAGUUUCACGGCCCGGUGCUACAAUUACAACGGUUGCCACGAAACGGUGCUGCAGCGCCUGGGCACCAGUAGCUCCGGCUCGGGUGCUGGACUACACGGUGCAAUUUCAUCAAACGCCCCACAAGGCACGUCCCAAGCGGGCGGACGGACGAGAGAUUCUUUUCUCGAUCUUGCCAGUCCGCAGAAGCACGCGUCGAGAGCAAGUCAGUUCGGGCUGGCGUUCGUCCCCGAAACGAACAGAUAUGAACUGCAAAAGCAUCGUACUACUACUAGUACGAAUCGCAUUACAAAUUUUCUCAGCAUGAAAAGUUGAAUUUGCCAUGCUGUUUUCCCUUGGUAAGAGAUUUGUCAUGCAUAUACUGCAAUAGCAAUUAGUACGAGUGCGAUACUUUUGCACAGCAUAACAGACGGGGGUCCACGAUUGGCGACCCGUUUCGCUUUAUCAAAUGCAAAUAUGUCUGGGUCUGGAUGAGCGUAGAUGUUUCUCAUGCUGCUUUUGCAUGACCCAGGAGGUCUGGCAUGCAAGCCCUAGCAUCACACGUCUUGAGAAGGUGUCUCAAUGCCUAAUCCGCAUGACAAAGCCCCUCUUUUGGUGCCAAGUUUUGAGUAGCGUUUGCUAUUUAUGCAUGACAGAUCUUUCUGUUAUCAGAAAUUUACAUUACAAGUUGCACCCUUCCAGAGCCAGACAUAUUUGCAAUGCAUACGCUUUCCAGACCGGGCGGACUCGGCGUCCUCCUUUUCAAAAGCACGGUCUGGGUCGCAGAUCCAGGACGCCGACGACGACUUCAUCGCCCAGUUUCGGCGCGGCGGAAGCGGAAGUGCGGCGAGACUGGAGAGUCUCGCCGAUGGGGGUAACCAAAACGCGAUGAGUUCCGCCACGCGCUCGACGUUCGAACUUCGGCAGAAGCUUUACGUGUCUGGAAAUGUUUUUGUCAAAGCCGCGGAUCCGAUGCUGGUUAACCGAUUUUUACUUCUCGGCCACGAAUACACCAUCACGAUUCACGACCUGUUGCACGGGAAAGCGGUCGGGUGUUUUUCAAGAACAUCUGCAGCUUCACAGAGACAAAUGUUGCCGGCCAGCCCGUCAGCGUCGUCUUUUGCGCCUCCUGUAGCCGGGGCGGCUGCGGCAGGUGGAGGAGGAGCUACGACUGCUUCUCACGUCCCCGCAUCGCCGUCCACGACAGGACACCAGACGGAGCAAUACACAUUAGUGACCUUACCAAACGACCCCGAUGCGGAGAUUGAGGACUUAGAGCUCGAGAGCGACAAGAGUUUCUACCUCCUCGACGCGGUUUUGAUCCCCCAUCAGCAAAGAUUGCUGCUCUCCGCCGUCAUGGGCAUCCAGGAGGGUGGGCGCGCGAGUCUAUCAAAUGCAAAAGUCUCUGGGUCUGGAAGGUUGGAACUUGUGAUGCUUGCUUUAGAUGCUAAAAAAAUCUGUCUUGCAUGACCAGCAAGAGGGGCCCGGUUUGUGCUACAAGGGGAGGGAAUUUGUCAUGCGGGAUAGGCAUCAGGAAGCCCUCUAGAAAUAUGUGAUGCUACAUCAUGCAUGACAGACAUCCUGAGUCAUGCAAAAUAUGCAUGACAAACCUCAGAAUCUUCCAGACCCAGACACUUUUGCAUUUGAUAGAGUCGGGUGGGAAACGAGAUCAAGGUCUUCGAAAUUCCCUUCGAGGGAACCAUGUUGGAGAGUCUGGCAGGGGGUGGUGACAAAGACAAGAAGAUGACAAGUGUGAAAGAGAAAGAAGAUGAGCAAAAAGCUGAACAAGGGGCCGAUCAUCUCCAAGAAAACAACCAGGAUGAGGAAAAAGACUCUUCUUCUAUCGACGCAGCAAGAGCCGGUGGAACUACCAUUGCCAGUGGCCAGACCGUUUCUACUUCAGACCUCACCGUAAUCGCAGACGCGACAUUGAUCCCGAAGCUGCGCUGCGUUACGAGUUUCAAGGCCUGCGAGAAGUUUUUCGCAGAGAAACAGUCAGUGAAGGGCAGGUUUUCCUUCGACGGCAGGCUUUUUUUCGCGAAUUGCGUUCAACCCGACGAGGCGCACAUGUAUCAGCUGUUCGACCCCGAUGAGAUGGUCGAGAGUGGUACAACUCCAGAAUCGGCGAGAAAUGUCGCAAGACCGUUGUCCUCGCCACGAUCGUCAACUGUUGGGAAUAAAACGCCGAGAAAUGACGAUGUCAAAACAUCACGCGCCUCGUCCAAAUCGAAGGAAGAGCAGCUCGACGAAAAACUGACGAGCUUCGAAGAAAGAUGGGAGAAAAUAUGCUGUGCAAAAGUAUCGUACUCGUAGUCGUACUAAUUGCUAAUAUGCAUGACAAAUCUUUUUCUGUUGGUAAAUCCGCAUUACAUUUAUUUCUUCUUGCCAAAGCGAAAACUUGUAAUGCAUUUAUACGAGUACGAUAUCAUACUUUUGCAUUUUAUAGAAAACGCCGACCAACGACAUUCUAGCUGAGGACCCCUUUGCGCCGGCGCGCUCGGAGAUGACUGGUGAGGAAGAGGAUAACGUUAACGAAAUGGAAGAGGAGGAAGAUGAUAUCGACGUCGACAUUAUUCUAUUCACUGCAAAAGCAUCGUACUAGUAUAAAUCGCAUGACAAAUUCCCUCAGCAUGAAAAAUGGAAUUUGUAAUGCAGGUUUCGGUUAAGAGGGAGAUUUGUAAUGCAUGAUUGCGAUUACUACGAGUACGAUACUUUUGCACAGGAUAUAUUCCGGAAGAGUCCUGGGAGUGUCUGAUCAUUUUCGAUCGGACUUACACGUCGGGACAACCUCUCUUUAUCAAAAUGAAAAAUGCCCCCACCCCCGAACUUCGGAGCAUUUGCAUUGCAAACCUUUCCAAAUGAAACACUCGCCCUCUUGUAUCUAUCAGCAUCACAGAUCUCCAAUCGUCAAUAAAGCAAAAAUUUGCAUUGCAAAAGACCCCAACAAGAGUGGCGCUUGUCAUGCAAGCGAUGCGAUACGCACCUAGACUCUGCAUCAGAAAGAUUCAUACUGCUGCGUGCAUGACAAAAAGUUUUCAUUUGGAAGCUUCGCAGCAAAAGUUUUUGCGACUUUGGCGGUGGGGACAUUUUUCACUGUAAUACUCUUCUCGCCGGAUUCCAACUGGUUUGCGUACAAUGGCGAGCUCUACAGCACCGCAGACUGGACGUGUGUCUCCGAUGAAUGGUCGGAAGCGGAGAUUCGUUGCGACCGCGAUACCAUGACGGGGCGGUAUUUGUCCAACGAUCUCUUCAUCGCCGAUAGCUCCGAGCCGGACGAGCGCGGGCUGGUGCAGGUGUACCGUCUGCGCAGCAUGAUGGGCGCCGCAGUGAACGGGAUGAACAUCAGCCCCAGUCCGAGACUGAUCGGCAAUAAUCUUCACCCUGGUGCCAGUACCAGUGCGAAAGACUUGAACCCGCCAGGAGGACCAGGAGUGAUGAUGCAGCUACCGGCGGGUGCCAGUAGUGGUCGGAUUAGCAGCUCCUUACUGAAAACCGCGGACACGGCACUGAAGACUGCGAAGAACGUAUGCAAGAAAAAAACUAUGUAGGUGUAACUCUGUAAUGCGGAAAGUGCAAAACUGUUGACACUUGUCAUGCUGCAUGUGCGUCUUACGUUUUUCCACGUACUAGCUGCGCAUGGCAGGUUUUCCCUGUAAUGCAAAGCGAAUUUGUGAUGCUGCUCUUCUUACAAAGUUACACUUACGCAGUUUUCUUCCUGGAUAGAACGCCGCCUCACUGUGGACCAAUUACGCGGGCGGACCAGGGCCCGGGCCUGGAUCGGCAGGGCGUACAACUGGUUCCUCGGGCAAAACAAGCCAGGAGAAAGCAGAAGGUCGUGGUGGCCAACAACCUCCAGCUGUCACCUCGCUAUCUUCGGGAGUGGGUACUACAACUAGUACUGUCGCUGAAAAUAAAGUUGCGUCCGAAAGCAGUGCGGGGGCGCACCUUGUAAUAUCUAACUCGGAGCAAGGUCCUCCUAACAGUAGUACCGCCACGCCCUCGUCACCGUCAAAAAUCGUCUUCUCGCCGACGAAACAGGCCGCCAACGCGUUUUUUGGUGUGGUCGACGCGGCUGUUAACGGCCCGGAAGCCGCGAGCGGAUCGUACUUGGGUUUCCGCGCGGGUUUGCGGCACAUAUCAAAAGGAAAAAUCCCCCCUCCCCAUAUCGAAACGGUAUGAUUCCGAAAAUAUGUGUUUCUGAUUUGAGACCACAAAUGACCUCUGUCUUGCAAGAAAGCAAGGCUACAGGCUCCGCCCCAUUAUGCAGGCGGUUUGUAAUGCUGUUGGGCCUACAGCAUAGACGCUCCUCAUGCUACAGCGCCUAGGCCAAAACCUCGCGACUCUGGCAUGAUAUGGGCCUGCAGUCCUCUACUGCAAGACAGAGCUGAUUUGUGGUCACGGAUCGAUCAGCGUCAGAAAUUUCUUUUCGAUAUGGGGAGGGGGGAUUUUGCCUUAUGAUAGCACAACGAGCAGAAGCAGUGGGUGUUCGACCGGAAAAUCGGGGAGAAAAACGCCAAACGCCACAUUAUAACCUGCUCAGGUGUUACAAUCUCAAACGUUACAAUAGAGUCUGGAAUUUGUAUUGCAAGAAGUGCAUUAUCUAGCCAACUCUCAUAGGAUUGCGCAUGACAAGUUCUGGAGUCCAAACCCGGACUACAAUCUGGCGAAAUUUGUAUUGCAGAAAGUGGAGUGCUCUCCGAAUCUGUCAUGCUCCUCAUGCAAUACAGAACCCAGAUUCUAUUGUAACGUUUGAGGUUGUAACGUUUGAGCAGGUCAUACACAUUUUUGCCCACUUCGACGAGGUGGUUAGUGUAGAAGGCCGGUGGAUGGCGGUCUGUGAUCCGGGCUAUGAAAGCCUCAGGUUGGAAAUCCUCAAUUUGAAAAUAAUUUGUAAUGCAAAAAAACGACUCCAGUUGCAGCACCAUUUCUAGUCGGCGCAUGACAAAUUUCCCGGGCACUCAAAGCGUGUCUGUCAUGGUAGUUAGGCAAAGGCGUGCCCUUCUCUCGUGCUAAUCAGCAGCCCAAUUCUGAACCCGUAGAAGCACAAUAGUCGGCCUCCAUUGCGUUCUCUGCAAUUACACAGUCUUUUUGGUGUCGCAUUUCAUGCAUCACAAAUUCUUUCCGCUUUGAGAAUUUCCAUUCUGAGGCUUUCAUACUGGCAUGAUGACCGCGUUCUACGACUUGGAUAGCAGCUUGGAACUAUCUAUGCAUUGCAAAUAUGUCUGGGUCUGGAAGAAUGCAAAUUUGUGAUGCGCAUUUCAUAACACGGAAAAAUCUUUUAUGCAUAGGCAGCAAAAGCUGCCCGCUUUUUAUCAACAAAAUGGGGCAUUUGUCAUGCGGAUUCGGCAUUGCGGAAGCUUCUCGAAACCUGUCAUGCUAGAGCUUCCAUGCCAGACCCUCUGCGUCAUGCAAAAGCAGCAGGACUCUUCCAGACCCAGACAUAUUUGCAUUCGAUACUAUCCUACGCGGUCGGCAGCAAAAAGUCGCGCGGGAUUUUUGGGUCCGUGCUCACGCCGCAGACAAGGAGCGGCAACAGCCCCGGAUCUAGUACAAGUUUGGCCUCCACAACCACGACAAAGACCUAUUUUUUCAGCGACGGGAACGGGAAUCUGUACCGGGACAUCAACCUUCCCUUUCUACUAUCCUGUGCAAAAGUAUCGCACUCGUAUUGCAAUCCUGCAUUGCAAAUCUUUUGUUCCCUAAGGUAAAUCAGCAUUGCAAAUUUUAUUUCUCAUGCUGAGGGAAUUUGUCAUGCAUUUAUACGAGUGCGAUACUUUUGCACAGGUGGAUAUCUCCACUCCGUGGGGACCCCCAGCCAAGCGAUGCGGUGUCUUGCCUCGCUCGACGACGCGGAACUAAACAAACAGCUGAAGGCGAAAAACAUCAAGGAAAAGAAGCGCGCGCUGCUGUCGCGCUGGGUCACGGUGUUUCCGGGGUUUCUGAACCAAGUCGACCGCCACAGUGGGAAAUCGCUUUUGUACCUUGCCUAUGCUUUGCAAAAACUGUAUCGUACUAGUGGUAUAAAUCGCAUGACAAAUAAUCAUCUCGCCGCGAGCAGAACCAGAAGUGAAGUUUGUCCUGCGGGAAAAGGCAAAGACGGAAACGGAUACCUGUCCUGCAUGAAUGCAAUUACUUAGUAAUUGUGCGAUGCUUUUGCAAAGCAUAUCGUCAUCGAGAACGGAGACAAGCAAACUGCGACCUGCAUCUUCGAUGUCGUAGCCGCGUUGGACGUGAAGCUUUGCCUCCACGCUUUGCACGACUUGAAAUUGCUGAAGGUAAGCGCCGGGAGCUUCAUCGAUGUUUCGAACAUGGAAGAAGAUCCGGAAGAGGCUGGCACCGGGAAAAGAAGCACAGUAGAAAAUAGGAAAGAAAGCGGGUUUGCUGGUUCUACCCAAGCUGACAUAACAGCCGUCGGCCACAAUCGUUCUUCUCUGUCCUCGCUUUCGACCCUCAGCGAAGAAGAUCUAGCGGGUCGCAAUGACAGCAGCACAGGUGGACCACACAACUUUUCCAGCAGGACCAGCAUCUUCGCAAAACUGAAAAGUGUUCUGAGCAAACACCCCACGGGAGGACCUGGAAGCAAAAGCAAUAAGGUUUUCUCGACCGAGAUCGAGAUCGUCGACGGUUGUAACAGGUUCGGCUCCGGCCCGCCACCGCUCCCGGGCAGACAGCACGGCCAGCAAUCCGCCGACAGCCGGACCGGCGUCAGCGACUUUGGCAACAGCAAGCCCGGCGGGAUCAUGGGAACCACCUCCUUCUACGGCACCAGUCGGCCGGGCUUUGCGUCUUUCGCGACGUCAGACGACGACUACUCACCGACGGCGCAUGGCGGUGCAGUUGUCACCGGAGGUCCGGGCAAUCCUCUUGGCGGCCGCGGGAGCAUGAUGUUUGGGGUGGGCCGCGCGACCCUCAGUUUCGCCGGCUCGACGAGUAAAGCGGCCAUGCAGACGCUGAUCAGCAAAGCCGCGCACCAGCCGAAACAUUUGUCGCACCUGCUGAGAAAGACGAAAAAAGGGUCUCUGACGUUACUACGGAAGCAGUUGGGACUGGAAGAUCGAGAAAUCCUCCACAUCGAGGAAGAAAGCGAACUUUCCCUCGCAAUCCGAUUGCACGAACGAGAUCUCACCGAGCUGUUCAUCCAGCGAAUCCUUGAUCAGGGCUUCACGCAAAGCUCUUUGGCUCUAGUCUGGCGGUCGCUCCCCGCGUUGCUACGCUGGGUGCCGGUGGAGGCGGAAAAGUUACUCGAAGCUUUCGUGGUGGACCCUCCGUUUCUCGUCCCCGAAUUGAAGGCCUACGUGGAUCCCGCCUCGCGGUUGAUCAGCAAAGGCACGGCGUUCUACGGCUACCAGCGGAACGUGUGGGGUGACUACCUGGAGAAGCAGCAGUCGCAGAAAAGCCUCGACGCGGCCUUGGAGCCGAUGGAAGCGAAGGUGGUGGCGAUCCCGGAAAUGGUGUCGGGAAGCGGGGACGGCCAGGGCUUGUUGACGCUCCUGAUGGAGCACAACGUGCCCAGCAGCUUCUACGCGUCGACCCCGGCCCGGAUUUUGAUCAACUACAAGUGGGAAUCGUAUGCGCGGGACGAGCUGAAGAUGUACUUUGUCACCUACGUCAUUUUCCUCGCUUCCUACACCGUGUUCGCGAUCCAGCUGCGGGAAAAAGUGGAACCAUUUCGGUUUGAAAUUCUCGAUCUCGAGCACUACGUGACCUGCAUCGGGACCGCGGUCUUCUACUUCUGCUGCAUGAGCUACCGGUACUACGGCGCGUUUGUGGACUUCUUGUGCCAUUUUUUCUCUCUCGGGUCUUUGUUCUCUUGCUGCGGUUGCGGGAAGAGUGGAAGUGGUACAGACUCUGACGAUACGGACGACGACAUCGACGCUUCAAAUCCGUCUUCGCCUUUAUGCAAUACAAAUAAAGCAUCGUACUAGUAUACAUUGCUAUUUUUGCAUAAACAAAUUGCAUCCUCAGCAUGAGAAAUGGAAUUUCUAAUGCGGAUUUAGCUUAAGUUUAAGAAGAGGAAAUUUGUAAUGCAUGAAUGUUGCGAUUAAUUUUAAUACUACGAGUGCCAUACUUUUGCACUCCAUAUCCCUACGCGAUGAACAAUGUCGUGAACAACAGAAGGAGAAGAUCCUCCAGGUCAAGAACGCACACCGCUUUAUCCACCUUCGCGAAAGCAGUUACUUUCCCCGUCACUGCGGUUUACAGCACGCUGAAAAUCACGUUCAAAUCGCUGAAAAAAUUCCUGGACGAGGACGGCGACGGGAGCGUCACGAGCGACGAGGGGAUUCUCGCCCAGCUGUACGCCAACGCCGGGCUCUGGGUCCCGUUGGCGAUUUGGGGGACGGCGUGUGUGGUGUUGCCGAUUUUUCAACGGGGGGACCUUUUGAACACCGUCGUCAUCACGGUCAUGAUGGGCUACACGCUGCGCUCGUUUUUGGACGAGGUCAAGGAGAAAAGCGAGAAGACGAUCGGGGCGUACUGCACGUCGGUGUGGAACAUGUUGGACGUAGUGUUGAUAGUGUUGAACGUGUUAACGUUUGUCGCCUACAUCGAACCAGGUCUCAUGGACGAUGGAUACCUGAUCCGCGGCGUGACGAUAUCCAUCCUCAUGGCGUGGAUCAAAAUAUUGUAUUUUUAUUCGAUUGAUGCUUGUUUUUCGCGAGAGUGUAUGUGUUUGUGUAUAUUGAAACUUUCAUUCAUAUUUCCUUAUUCAUUGUUUUGCAGCCUUCAUGCCUCUUAUUGUGGUCAUUGUUCUGCUGUAGCCCUCAUGCGUUGACGCCAAUUUCACCCACAAUCACAGCUACUUCUGCCAACCUUUUCGCAACGUCGGUUCCUUCAUCCGCAUGCUGAUCGAGAUUUUCGUGGACAUCCGGUACUUUCUCAUCGUGGUGAGCAUCGCCCUGCUCGGUUUCGGUACGGCGUUUUUUGUCCUCUACAAGGACGACUGGCUGUACGCCAUCGACAACAGCGCGGCCCUGCGCACGCAUUUAACGCACCCGGGGAAAACGGUGCUGACGGGCGACUCCCGGAGGACCAUGAUGCGGCAGUGGGACCCGCACGAAGACCACCCACCGCCUAUCAAGAAAAAAAGUUUCCCCUCCCCAUAUCAAAACGAAACUUCUGAUGCUGGAUUUCCGUACACAAAUCCGCGCUGUCUUGCCAUACGGCAUCGCAGCCAGAUCUUCAGCUUAGUGAGCAGGGCCGUGUGGGUCUAGAUGUUUAGCAUUACAAACGGCUUUCCCCUAGGCCCAACAGCAUGCCAAAUCGCUUCCAUAAUGCUAUGCGGAAGCCUCUGCGUUUGUCUUCUUGCAACACAGACGCGAUUUGCGACCUCAAAGCAGCAACACAACAUACCUUUUGGAUAUUGGGAGGGGGGAUUUUUCCACUCAAUACCGCCCUACCCGAACAUGUUUGAAACGCUGCUCGUAUGCAUUGCAAAAAUGUCUGGGUCUGGAAACUUGUAAUGCUGAAUAACCAUGAUGGUUUGUGCCUCUGCCUUUAAGUGCAGUGCAGCAUGACAAAUUUUUCAAACGCUAUGUCAUGCGCAGGACGCAUUACAAACUGCGUUGUUGCAUGACGAAAGUGUGCUGCUUUCUUUGCUGCUUAUGCAAUACAGGUUUUUCAGGAUUGCGAAACACGCAAUACAGGUUCAACCUUUCCAGACCCAGACAUAUUUGCAUUUGAUAGCUCGGGGUUUACGUGUUGAUGCUCGGGGAUUGGGACGUGAAUUUGUUCACCUUGAGCGAGCAUCCGCGGCUCGCGACGGUGCUGUUCUGCCUCUUUACGUUCGUGAUGGUGAUCGUGCUGUUCAACUUGUUAAUCGCGAUCAUGUCCGAUACGUUUGAACGAGUCAGGGAGAAUGAAGGUAUACAUAGAUACAGUUGUACGGAGUUUGUUUAGUUGUUGCGAUAGGAUACCAUCGGGAGUAACGUUAUUCUGCAUGAGAAUGCGAGGUAGAAUCACGAGUAGCCAGGAUACCAUGCGGAGUAAAGUUACGCAGCAUGUUUUGACGGAAGCAAAAAGGUACUGUCUCUACUUGUUCGACUACGGAGCGAUCAUCGUACCGUGCGGCAUAACGUUACUACGCACGGAAAUACGACGUACGCAAAUCUAGUACUUUGUAGUGCAAAGUUUUCCUGCGUCUGCUUGCAACUCGUUUUACUUCCUGCGUAUUCAACAACGAAGAUUUCUCCAAAAAACAGAACACACUUUCCUCCGUACCCGCGCCGACAUGAUUUGCGAUUUGCAGAAACUGACCUUCCGGCAAAUCGAAUACGAGCCCUGGGUCCACGCUUUACUCCCAGUGGAAGAGCAGUCGCAGCAGAGUCACUGGAAGGGCAAAUUGGGCGAGAUCAAAAAUCUGAUCACCAAUCUGAAGCACGAUUUCGCAAAAGAGCUGGAAACCCAUAUGAAGGAGUUGGAGGAAAGUAUGCGGGCCGAGUUUCAGUUGUCCCAGCAAAAACCGAAAAACCUACAGCGAGGCGGAUCGGGGGCUUUGGGGAAGUAG